ACUUUUAAUUUGGAAAAUUUCUCUCGCCGAGUCUAAAGAGGGCUUCAUCUGCCGGAAGCUGCUGGAGGUCACAGAGUGGGUUUUGUUUUCGCAGAAAUGGGUGGGGAUCACGGGCACAGCAAGUUGUCCAUGCCGGACUACAAAGUCUGGAAGUGGGAAGGGACACCACUGGAGGCAACCCAACAGCGGCUGGCACGAAGAGGACUGAGGGACCCCUGGGCACGAAACGAGGCAUGGAGGUAUACAGGCAGCUUUGGCAACCCUGUCACCUUCAAGGAUGUGCUGAUGCGUGGAUUUAAAGGAGGAUUCAUUGCGUUUGCGGUGGCUCUCGCUGUGGAGUACGCUUUCUUCCCUCCGAAGAAAUCUGAUCACUGAGGGCAGCUUCAACUUCAAAGGCCCAAAGAGCCCAAACCCAGAAGAGCCACAUACCAUCGGACUCUUAUUUUCCUUCCAGGCUACUAAGCUGGUUCUUGUCCUUCUAUAUAAUACUCACCUGUUAUUCUGUGACAGAUUUUGGCUGAUUGAAUAAUAAACAUAAUACGUUAUUGAGUGAA